CGCCCAAUUUUCCUGGAGGAAUACGAUUCCAAUUUCGGCUUCUAUUUCCCGACUCAUAUAAAACCCUAGAGGACCUGAGACCAGUUCAAAAAAAUUCUAUCGAAUUAAAUUCUACUUCGAUCUUCAAUUAAUCUUCUUCAGAUUAAUCAUUCGAUGGGUAAGAGAAAGGAGCGUCGACUCGCAGCCAAGGUUGGCGCCGGUCGUAGAGUUAAGCUCGAUCUCUUCGCGGAACCCUCUGGAGAAUCUGGUGGUUCAUCUGCCCAGGAUGAACUUGGCAUGGACAUGGAUCCGAGUCAUCUUGCUGGGUCACCCGAUUCACCAUCAUCUUCAGGUAAGCAACCAGAGAAUCCUUUGUUGUUACUUGGGCAAUACAGUGAUGACGAGCUAGAUGAGGAAUCAAGCAAAAGACUUGACCAUGCCACUGAGGAGAAUUCCAUUGUUGAUAACAAUGAACAGGUAAAGGAACCUACCAGUGCGGAAACUGAGGAUGUGGAAAACUGUCCAAUUACGGAACUUGAUGCUGAAAAGGAUAAACCACAUGACUUAGAAACAUGCGCUAUUUCACUGGAUGCUUUGCAGAUUCCGGAGGACCUUGAGGGUAGAGAAAUUGAUUCUGCUGUUGCCACUGACAUUUAUAAAGAGGUGGUUUCAACGGAAGAAACCUCUGUUCCAGGAACUGAUGAACAAUUGACUGGCAAUCUGAGUUCAAGUUGGAAGGUAGUGUUGCAUGAAGAGAGCGGUCAGUAUUACUACUGGAACACGGUCACUGGGGAAACUUCAUGGGUUGUGCCUGAUGUGUUGGCUCAGGGAACAGAAUUGACAGGUGAGCAGAAAACUGCUCCUAAUACCGAAGGUGUGGAAUUGGAUUGUUCUAUAGAUAUAGGUCAGGCUGGCAGCAUAAUUCAUGAGACUCAACAAACAUAUGAAACUGGGGCCCAGAUUGCAGAGCAGAGUAAUCCAAAUGAAGUUGAAGGGUUAGAAGAGAAAAGGCUGGGUAAUGAUGCCAACCAAAGUGACUCGGGUGAUGUGCUCUUGAGCAAUGGGGCUGGCACAUGUGCUGAUUCUGAGAAGUUCCCUUGCAAUCCAAUGGUUGAUGAAGAGUAUGACACAGAAAACGAUCUUGGUUCUUCAGUGUUGAAGGACGGUGAAAAUUUGUUGGACAGAUUAAGAUCAUUAGAACGGACCCACGUGCAAGGACGUGACUGGAUAUCAAAGUAUGUUUUGGAAGUUGAGAUUAGGCUUUCUGAUAUCAAGUCCCUUAUGCCUUUUGGAUCAUCAUUGCUACCUUUCUGGGUGCACUGUGAGAGGCAGCUUAAAGAGCUGGAAAGUGCCAUUGACAAUCAAGUUUCCCAAAUCUUUAACUAUCGCCAAACACUUGAAGCUGAAUUACCCCAUAAAUCUAGGGGAUUAGAGGGGGAUGAGAUUGAAGCUGAUGGAAAAGAAAGAAAAGUAGUCUGUUCUGCUUCUGCUGAUGUCGAUGUCUUGUCAUCUGUCCUGAAAGAUUCAAAACAUGAAGCUUCCAGUGGUAAUGUUUUCUGUGCUGAUGCAAUUGACUAUCCUGCAUCACACUCAGAUAGUGGUUCUGAAGGGACCAGUGGAGUUGAUGAAGCUACACAACUAUCUGAAUUAACUCCCCAGAAUGCGGAAGACGUGGAUAUGGAUGUCGACAUGGAAGUUGAAGAUGAAGUUCCAGCAAGUGGUUUAAUUGCCAGUGAUUCAUUAGCGGCCGUAUGUUGUGCUCCAGUAGAACAACCGAUUCAAGAAUCUUUUGUGCCACCAGAAGCUUUUACUAUUCCGCCCCCUCCCGAAGAGGAUUGGAUCCCUCCCCCGCCUCCUGAUAACGAGCUCGUUCCCCCACCCCCACCUGAUGACCCUUCUGAACCUUCAUAUCCACCACCACAGUCAACUUAUAUGGAAACAGUACAACCGCUCUCUUAUACGGAACAAUACAGUUUUUCCUACCCAGGUUCUAAUUAUCAGUAUUAUGGUCAAUCAAGCACAGAAUACCCAACCCCUAAUGUUCCUGUGUCCCAUCCACCACUUUAUUUUGAAGCAUUGCCCAGCACAUAUCCUGGUGCUGCUCCUGCUGUAGUUAACCCUGUUGAGCCCGUUGUGUAUUAUGACCUUCAAGAUGGAGUGGUCCUCCCUGCACCAGUAGCAAGCGGUGCACAAUCUUCAGUGUUGUACAGUGAAUCAGAUCAUGAAGCCUUUGGUUCUGGUCAAAUCAGAUCUGUGGAUUCACAUGCAGAAGCGUUCAGUACUUUGUUAUCGAAUACCGAGGUUGGUGUUUCUGUAGCUAAUGGUACUGCUGAAAAGGCAUUAGUGGAUGUUCCUUUAACCGUGGCUACCAUCCAAGCUCCAGUGACCGUUUCAGUGGUAGACACUGCUUCUGCAUCAUCUACCGCUCAUGCUCAGUCUAAAUCAACUGCCACUAAUGCUCAGUCUAAAGUUUUGCGCAGCAAAAAACGAACAGUUGCUGCAGUAUCCACAUUGAAGUCAAAUAAGAAGGUCUCCAGCUUGGUGGACAAGUGGAAGGCAGCCAAAGAGGAGUUGCAUGAGGACGAGGAAGACGAACCUGAAAAUACGUAUGAGAUGAUAGAGAAGAAGCGACAGCGAGAAAUAGAGGAAUGGCGUGCACAGCAAAUCUCCAGUGGAGAGGCCAAAGUUAAUGCUAAUUUCCAGCCUCUGGGUGGUGAUUGGCGUGAACGGGUGAAGCGGAAGAGAGCUCAAUUGAAACGUGAAGCUGUACAGAAUUCAUCAGGGUCUCCUACUGAUGGAAACCAGCAGCCUAAUCUGAACGAAGUUUCAAGAGAUCUCCCUUCGGGAUGGCAGGCGUACUGGGAUGAAUCCUCAAAGCAAUUCUAUUAUGGAAAUACCGUCACUUCGGAAACGACGUGGACAAGACCUACAAAAUGAGAAGUUUAAUAGAUUUUGAGGGGACCGACUGCUUUAGGUUUUUAAUUUUGGAAUUGUAUAUGUAACCCCCACGCCCCAUCCAUAUUCUCUCUCUCUCUCUCUCUCUCUCUCUCUCUCUCUCUCUCUCUCUCUCUCUCUCUCUCUCUCGUCCUGUUUCUUCAUCUGUCUCCAGUUUUGUUUAGUUUCCAAAUGUAAUUGGCUAAUGCCUUAUUCUUUUUGAGCUAUCAGUUAAACACUCUAGUUUGUUGUCAUUUUUUAUG